CUCUCAAGCUUAGACAAUUCCCUACAACUUGCUACAACAUUUUUAUAUUAACAAUCUCCUUUUUUCUUAAGGCAGUUAUCAUAAACAAUUGUUCAAGGUUUUGCAAUAGCAAUAUCCUAUCGGAGGCAUACCUAAACUGAGGGACUUCACAAAUCUAAAACCAGUUUAGAUAUGCUGGGAUUUAGAUUCCGAAAGGUGGGAAAACGCACAGCCGGGCUAGAUAUGUAUCAGCAUGCAUAACAUAAAGAUACAUUCAAUGGUGAAUGUGGGAAACAGAAAUUUGUUUAAGUAUUCUGUAGACAAUGAAUCAUAUUGUAUUUAUGAAAAGAUCAAACUACUAAAAUGUCUGUUGAUUUAAUAAACUAUGAUGAAAAAAAGGACACUUUUCAACCACCACAAAUUCUCUCCUAUAUGCCACAGGCAGGCAGGGAAAAUUCACUCAAAUGCAGAUUCUUCUGUUGCUGGCCAAAAUGUGAUUUUGCCAUGUAAAAAUGGUGAGCUAAAGAUGGCUGUGGACAGUUUAUAUCUCACACACCAGGUUAGUGCCAUCCAUAUGUAUAAAACUCUUCUGCAAGCAUGCAUAAUCAUGAAAUCUCUUGCAGAGGGAAGAAGGGUACAUGCACACAUGAUAAAAACUGGAUUCGAUCCUGGCAAUUUUCUGCAAACGAAACUCGUUAUAAUGUAUGCAAAAUGUGGUAGUUUGAAGUCUGCACGCAAGUUGUUUGACAAAAUGCGCGAUCGAACUAUUGCGUCAUUUAAUGUUUUGAUCACAGGAUAUGCACGAGUUGGAAGAAUUGAGGAUGCACGAAGACUAUUCGACAAAAUGACUCAACGAGAUGUGGUAUCGUGGAGCGCCAUGGUUGCGGGGUAUGCUCAGAAUGGGAAGGUAGAAGAAGCGCGCAAUUUUUUUGACGAAAUGCCUGAACGAGAUGUGGUGUCGUGGAACGCAAUGAUUGCUGGCUAUGCACAGAAGAAGAGUGUUGAAGAGGUUUUUAAGUUAUUUUGUGGGAUGAAGCAGGCUGGGGUGGAACCUGAUGUGUUCACAGUCACGAGCUUGGUCAGUGCGUGUUGUGGUGUUGAAGGAUUGCAGGUUCAGGGCUACGUCAUCAAGUCAGGAUUUGAUUCUGAUGUCGUUGUGGGCAAUACAAUUGUCAGCAUGUAUGUGAGUUUUGGAAAUAUGGAGGAUGCAUGCCUCAUAUUUGAUAAAUUCUCCAACAGAAAUGUGGUAUCCUGGAAUGCCAUGAUAUCUGGAUACGUGCAAAACAAUAAGAUGGUUAAUGCACAGGAAAUGUUUGACAAAAUGCCUGAAAGAAAUGUGUUUACUUGGACUAUAAUGGUUGCAGGAUAUGCUCAGAAUGGAAGUAUAGAGAAAGCUCGUCAGUUGUUUAACAAAAUGCCGGAGAGAAAUAUUGUCUCAUGGACUGCAAUGAUUACAGGAUAUACUCAAUCUGGGCGUGGGGAUGAAGCCCUGGAACUUUUCUUUGAGAUGCAGAGGAUGGGCACAAGGCCGAACGAAGCCACUUUUUCCAGUGUUCUCAGUGCAUGUUCUAGUUGCGCUUCCCUGAAGCAGGGUAAGCUUGUCCAUCUUGGCAUUGUUAAGUCAGAUUUACAAUUUGAUGUCAUCACAUGGAGUUCUCUUGUUGAUAUGUAUGCAAAAUGUGGCAGCAUAUAUGAUGCAUUGCAUGUGUUUCGUAAGAUGCCACAGAGAAAUAUAGUUUCAUGGAAUGCAAUGAUUACAGGGUAUGCUCAACAUGGGUUUGGGAAGGAUGCUGUCCGAUUGUUUGAAGAAAUGUUACUAAUAGGAAUGAAGCCAAACAGAGUUACUUUUCUUGGUGUACUCUGUGCAUGCAGGCAUGCUGGCCAUGUUGACGAAGGAUGGCUAUAUUUUGAAUCCAUGGGCCGAGAUUAUUGCAUUGUACCAGGACCUGAACACUAUGCGUGUAUGGUUGAUCUUUUUGGUAGGGCAGGGCGUCUAGAUGAGGCACAGGACUUCAUUAAUAAAAUGCCAUUUGAGCCCGAUGUGGUAGUCUGGGGUGCAUUACUUGGUGCUUGCAGAAUGCAUGGAAAUAUGAAGCUUGGGGAACGAGCAGCCAAUAAGAUGUUGGAAUUAGAACCGCAUCACACUGGGGCUUUUGUUCUUCUUUCAAACAUUUAUGCUGCAACAGGCCGGUGGGCUGAUGUUGAAAGGGUGAGAACAAUUAUGAAUGAUAACGGGAUAAAAAAGAAACCAGGAUGUAGUUGGAUUGAGGUCAAGAACAUGAAACAUGGUUUUCUUGUGGGGGACAAAUCACAUCCUCAAACCGAAGAGAUCUAUAAGGCUUUGGACAGGUUAGAAGUCCAGAUGAAGUCUGCAGGGUAUGCGCCAGAUACAGAUGUUGUGCUCCAUGAUGUGGAAGAUGAGCAGAAGGAACAGUUACUUGGCCAUCACAGUGAGAAGCUAGCCAUUGCCUUUGGACUUAUCAACACACCUCCUGGGACACCGCUGCAGAUAAUCAAGAACCUUCGUGUUUGUGGUGACUGUCAUUCUGUUAUCAAGCUUAUUUCAAAAAUUGUGGCACGGGAAAUUGUUGUCAGAGAUACCAAUCGCUUUCACCAUUUCAAGGACGGACUUUGUUCCUGCUCUGAUUAUUGGUAAGAUUCAUGCCGGAUUUCUUCAGCAGCCAACCCUCAGUGUGAUUGGGCAAUGCUAUUACGAAGUUUAGCCAGGUUUCUGAUUGGGCACUGCUAUUACAAAGAUUGCAAAAAGGAGAUUAUUUUUGGAGUUACUAAGAUAGUUUGGCAAGCUUGUCUUCAAAGAAAAUUUGGGUGAGAAACCACUGUGAGCGUUCAAUUGCUCUUUUUUUGAAUGGUGAUGCAACAAUUCAAAGGCUUAAAGGAGGGAAUUCGCUGUUUGACGCUGUAUUAUAAACCUACCGAAUGAAGUACGUGUUGCUACAGGUUGGAUGUGGAUGAAUACAAGGUAAAUUUUAAAGCAUUUUGUGACAUUCUUGGAUGCCACAGUUAUGUGUUUAUCGAGAGGUACAUCAAUUACAUUUACCAUUUGAGAUUUUUUUAUAAAACUGAAGUAUCGGAGCCAAAAUAUCUGAAAGUGCCGGCCGUAAGGGUCUCUUCAUUGUAUUCUGACCUGGCAACAUUUCCUCCAUGUAAAACUAACUUUUGAUUUCGACCUUAUCUAACAUGACCUUGGCACAGAUGGAUGCCAAAAUAUCUGAACGUGCUUUCUGUUUUGUUGAAAUCGACUCUCUUAUCAGUUCCUAACUCUAGUGUUAUUAUUCAGUCCCCAGAAGGCAAAAGGUAAGGGCAUUGAAGUUCAAUCCAAUUCUUGUUGUCAUGAUAACCUCUCGAAAAGAUCAUAUACAAUAAAGUGGGUAAAUUAUAUAUGGUAAUAAACUUUUUUUAAUUGGAGGUAACUAGUGGUAUCUGUUUCAUUUAACCUUCCAAAGUGUAAAACUUUCCUCUUUUGGAUUACCUACUCACAUUUUUAUUCUUUAUUUCCCCUUGAACUCUAUUCUGUAGGAAAAUCAGCUAUAUUUAGGAUACAAAAUGUUCCUUGAUUUAUAAAUGCAAUCGAGUGACUCGCAAGGCCUCAUAUUUAUUUAAUUAUUCUUAUGCCAGGAGAACUGGAUACACAUGUUUCUUUGAGAGAGAAAUUGAGAAUGUCUAGUAUUUUGCUCUUUUUAGAAUGAAGGGUAUGUCAAAACCUUAAUCUUUAUUCAGUCCAGCCUUGGCCAAAAGUUAUUGGGCCUGCCUAAAAAUAUUUUUAAUUCUUUUGUUUCUGAAAAGGGGACAUGACAGAAAGUUCUGUGGCCUGGUUAAGGACAAAACAAUUGCCUUUAAAGAUCUUACAGCUCUGAUUUCUAAAAAUUCAAUCUCAGUUGCAGGAUUUGGGGAUGGAGAUCUGAACGCUGUUUCAGCUUGACUUUGUUUCACCAAUCAAGGAAGUAAAUCAGAGCCCUUUUUGCAGUGCUGCAGUUAGAUCUUGAUUUUCAAAAAUGGGUUUUGGUGAAAAAUUUAUUGUUGGGCAGACCCGUUUUCAAGUGAAUUUUCCCCUGAAGAUGAUUCACUUACGACUUUCCACAGCAAAGAAGGUAGGUCUGGUGUUAUGGAGCAUUAUCAAUGGCUUUUGCAUAGUUGGCUGUGGCAAUCUGUUUUGCAACACCCAUUGUUAAUUUUCGCCCAAAGAAUUACACAGAGGGUACAAUCUUCACAAAUUCCUCAACUACUUUUGAGGUAUAGGAUAUAGAGUUUUAGAUUGCAUAGGUUUAUGCGCAUACAAAAGAAUAGCUCAAAUACUACAUUGAUAGAUAUUAUUGCAAGAUUGUUAUUUCAUUUCGGAAUGUCUGGUUUUUGAGCUCUUUAGUUUUCAUUGUUCAUCCUGGUAGUUUUCAUGUAUGAUAUAUGGUAUUUUGGGAGUCCUGUUAGCUCCAGUUUUCAGGAAGUUUGUUUCAUCCAUGAGUAGUGUGGGGAAAUGUUUUUGAGACUAUCCAGGUGUUUCACAAAUAAUGACUUAUCAUGGCACACUGUAGCUGAGUAGUGGAGGGUUUAUGAGAUUGCGUAGCUCUCUUGGUCAAAUUUGAGGAAUUUGAAGUCGUCUUUGCUUUGGUAAAGGAUGUGGAGAACAAUGAACAGUCUCAGAUAUAAAUGUUUAUGGUGACUGCAAUUGAUCUCUGAUGAGCAUGUAUAUGUUUACAGCGGCUGGUUUAUGCAGCAGUCGUACUGAGUUUUUCCUCUACGCUCUGCUUUCACAGCUCAUAUAUUGCUGGCUCUCUUUUCUUGUAUGCUAAGGCAUCCUUAAUUUUGUAGUUCUUGUUAAAUUAUACUGAUAAGUGUUUCUUUAGUGAGAAGCACUAGAUGAAAUACAGACAUCGAUAGUAGAAAUUAAAAUGACUACUAUCAAACAAACUUAAACCA